AUGGAAAAGGAGAGCGAUGACACUGAUGAAGAACAUAUACAGUUCAUGUUUAGAGUGAAAGACCAGAUUCUUCAUCCUCGUCCAGAGAAGAAGUGUAGUGGCGGAGGCUACAUGGUGGCUCCGGGGAGCAAUGGUUCUUCUUACAUUUCAAGAGAUAACUUUGAGAGUGAUCCUAAAGGCGGUAGCGGUGGUGGAGGGAAAGGUGGUGGCGGUGGUGGUGGUGGUGGAGGGAAAGGUGGUGGUGGUGGUGGCGGUAGUGGAGGAGGUAGGAGCGGUGGUGGUGGCGGUGGGGGAGGGAAAAGUGGUGGCGGUAGUGGCGGAGGCUACAUGGUGGCUCCGGGGAGCAAUGGUUCUUCUUACAUUUCAAGAGAUAACUUUGAGAGUGAUCCUAAAGGUUACUUUGAUAAUCUGCAUGGCAGUGGACAGGGGAGCAAGUGACCUUGGUCUGUUUAUUUCACUAUUUAU